AUGCCCGGACAACCGCAAUCAAUGGAUAAAAAGAAUAAGAAGGAGGCACUACAAGUACAGAAGGAUAUCGUAAAGGAUAGUUUGAAUAAGGCUGAUGAUAUGUUAAACCUACCACAAUCAACUUCACUUGGAAAUGUUAAUCAACAAUCAAAACCAGCUAUGAACCCAGAACAGCAUCAAUUAAGCCAAUCCUUGAGCUCAUUUCAAAGGCCAUCAAUGUAUUAUAACUGGAGAUCAUUUUCUUACACUGACAUUGACGAUGAUGACGAUGAUCAUCACGAGACACUCGACGAUUUGGAGAAUGGCGAGGAAUUCUUACCUUCAUCACUUGAUGAGCUAUUGACGCCGUUGGAAAGGCGUAGAAAACAUAGCUCAAGAACGAGUUCAAUCUCUUCUGCGUUCACUUUAUCACCUACCACAACAACAACUACUCGAAAGUUGCCAUCAAUACAACCACUCAACAAAACCGAUAUGGAGUCAUCUACAAUUACUGUCAAACCACAUGAAGAAGAUUCCACUCAAUUCGAUUUGGAUUUGGAUUUAGAGUUUUGA